CGCCAGGGUAAAGAGUCGAUACUGACCUCAACAGUCUCUCAUUUGGAAUGAGUCAACAGGCUGAAAGACAAUGGAUGCAAUUAGUGUAAAUGUAAAGCAUCUUGAAGAAACUGAAGAACAGUGCACACGUGAAGAUAAGACAGACCCAGAUGCGGUGGAGGAAAAGCUAAUCAGCUCUAAUGAGCAUUCACAAAAACCCUGGCAACAAUCACGGUCACGCAUCAGAGAGUGUGUGCUAUAUGUGAAGAAGGUUCUGGUGUCUUUUGCUAGCAUGGAGUGGUACUGUUAUGCCCUCUUGGGGAUCAUCACCGCUCUUAUGAGCUUCUUCAUGGACAUGACAGUGGCCAAGCUGCUGAAUGCUCACCAAUGGCUGUACAGAUGUCUGAAGGGUCACCACCUGCUGCAGUUCCUCUGCUGGACGCUUUACCCAGCCUGCCUCUGUGCUCUGUCCACCAGCUUCGCCCACAGCAUCUGCCCAUUCUCUGCAGGCUCUGGUGUUCCUGAGGCGAGGGCUAUUCUCUUAGGGAUAGACAUGCCAGGUUAUCUGUCCCUAUCCAAUCUGUUUGCUAAAAUGUUUGGCUUGAUAUGCACACUAGCUUCAGGCAGUACAGUGUUUCUUGGCAAAGUGGGCCCAUUUGUCCAUUUAUCCAUCAUGGUGGGUGCGUUCAUGAAUCGACUGCAUGUUUCCUGUCGUGGUGGAAAGCAGAGAGUAGCUAAAGGAGAAAUGCUGGUUGUGGCGUCAGCAGUGGGCGUUGCGAGCUGUUUUGGGGCUCCAAUCAGCGGCGUUCUGUUCAGUGUAGAGGUGAUGGGGACUCAUUAUUCAGUCCGAGAUUACUGUCCCUGCUUCUUUGCAGCGGCUUGUGGAGCGAUCACCUUCAGGCUGCUCUCUGUCUGUAGUAGAGAUCAAGAGACAAUCCAGGCCCUGUUUAAAACCAGCUUCUCUAGUGACGUGCCUUACCAGCCUUUUGAAAUCUUCAUUUUCGCUCUGCUUGGGCUGUUCUGCAGUAUUCUCAGCUGUAUUUAUUUAUUUUGUCAUCGCUGGGCUCUGCGUUUUGUCAAAACAAACAAAACCAUCAGCAGAUUUCUGGCAACAGAAAAGCCACUUUAUUCAGCCAUUGUGGCAUUUCUCCUUGCCUGCGUUACGUUUUAUCACUCAGCGGGACAUUUCAUUGCUGCUGAGCUCACAAUGAAGCAGCUGCUUACUUCACUGUUAGACGGCAAUUCCUGGUACACUGUUUCCCAGAAUGCCUCUGUCGUCCUGCCUGAUCCUCAGAACACAUUCUGGCAGGCAUGGAACCCACCUGGCAGAGGUUACUUCCAAACGCUAGGAAUUUUCAUUACUGUGAAGGUUGGGCUAUUGGUCAUGGCUUGUACUUUGCCUUUACCUGCUGGCUAUUUCAUGCCAGUAUUUAUUUACGGCGCUGCAGUGGGACGUUUCGUAGGCGAGGGCUCGGCCUAUCUGCUCUCAGAUGGAAUCUCAUCAACAAAGAGUCUGAUAAACCCGGGCGGCUAUGCUUUGGCAGGAGCAGCUGCCUUCUCUGGGGCUGUGACACACACACUCUCUCCUGCCCUAUUGGCUCUGGAAAUGACCGGCCAAUGCUCUCACGCCGUCCCCGCUCUGGUUGCUACGCUGGUAUCCAACGCGGUGGCUCGUGCAAAGCACCGUCCAUCUUUCUAUGAUGGCAUAUCCCUUAUUAAACAACUCCCGCACUUGCCAUCUCUCAUCCGGGCUUGUCCAAAGUUGGCCAAUGUUCAGAUCAAGCAGUUUGAGGUCGCAGCGGGAGCCGUGCUGAAGAGGACAGAGACACUGACAACUGUGCAGCACGUCCUAAACGACAGCACAGACGCUGAACUUCCUGUGGUGGACUCUCACGACUCUCCUAUUCUCCUGGGAACAAUCAACAAAUCGCUGCUGCGGGAGUGUCUGAAAGAGCAUAGAAAUGAGGGUUCAUGUAAACAGCUGGAAGAAGUAUGUUCUAUUCAACCUGUGCGUCUACAUCUGACUCCUGAAUCCACCGUAAAGCAGGCUCAUUGUAUCAUGAGCGUCACGGGUGAGCAGCGUCUGUUUAUAACGGAGAGUGGGCGGCUGCGUGGAGUCGUCACAUGGAAAGAGAUGAAGACAAUUAUCGAAGAGAUGGCAAAGGAAGUCUGAUGCAUCAGAAUCCAGGACAGUCAUCAAUUUGUGCUUGACAUUUUAAUAAGAAUAUUUACUAUUUCAUCUGCUGGAGAUUUUACAUGGAUCAUAAUGAGGAGAUCAAUGAAUAAUUUUGCAUAGGCCCGGUUUCACAUACAGGGCUUUGAUUAAACCAGGAUUAUGCCUUAGUUCUAUUAUGACAUUUGCUUUUAUAAAC